CUCGAACAUCAACCUUGAUGACCUUGAUCGCAAAGCCGUCUCUCCGGCUCCCAACGUGCGAUGCACUGCAGUUCUCUCUACCCAAGCAGCAGUGUUGAAUAGAACUCACAAGGGAGGAGACGGCUCCACCGCCUGACUGGCGAUGGACGAGCGCGCCGGGGCGGGCACUGAGCUCGCGUCACACCCGCAGUCGCACCUGCAGUCUCAACUGCAGCCGUUCGACGUGGAUGUGGAACGCCACCUGCCGGCUCCCGCCGCCGCCCAUGUCUCACCGGACGCCGAUCUCGCCGUCUCGGCCACCUCGCGCUCAGCCGAGAACGGGUCGACGUCGACGGCGUUCCUCGACGGCCUGCGCGGGCUGGCCGCCUUCUUCGUCUUCUUCCAGCACUGCAUCGGCGGCUUCGACGACAACGUGCACGAGCACGGCUUCGGUGAGGGCGGCCACUGGCACCUAGCCAGCCUGCCCUUCGUGCGCAUCCUCUUCAACGGCGGCGGCGCCGCCGUCGCCAUCUUCUUCGUGCUGUCCGGCUUCGUGCUGAGCCGCUCUCCCCUGCGCCUCGUGCGCGCCGCCAAGACCGCCGCCUGCCUCUGGAGCCUGGCCUCCGCCGUCGUGCGCCGCCCCAUCCGCCUGUACGCCCCGACCUUUGCCGUGACGCUGGCCUUCGCCGUGCUGAUGCACGCCCCCUACCACCUCGUCCACGAGUUGCCCUGGCCCCAGCGCAAGCCCGACGUGUUCCAGGAGGUCGCGAACUGGGUCGUCAGCGCGUACCACUACUUCAACCCCUUCCAGACCCACUCCAACGAGGUCUGGUUCGACUACGGCCUGGUCGUCUGGACGAUCCCGAUCGAGCUGAAAGGCUCCAUGCUGAUCUACGCCCUGGCCGCCCUGCUAGCCGCCGGCCCGCUCUCCGCGCCGCGGAGCAUGCUCGCCUGGUCGAUCUCCAUCGUCGUCCUGCUCCAGCUGGGCUACUGGACCAUGGCCUGCUUCCUCGCGGGGCUGGUGCUCUCGGGCCUCGACGUGUACGCGCUGGACGCGUCCUUCCUGUCCCGCCACUGCUCCCAGCGCACCCGGACGGUCCUCCACCACCUCGCCUUCGUCGUUGGCUACUACCUCCUGUGCCAGCCCGCGCACGGCGGCGACCCGGACUACUCGCUCAACACGCCCGGAUGGCGCACGCUGACGCGCCUGGCGCCCGCCGUCUACGGCAAGAACCAGUACUACCGGUACUGGACGUCGUGGGGCGCGCUGCUGCUCGUGUACGCCACGCUGCGGUUGCGCUGGCUGCAGACGCUGCUGCAGACCCGCCCGCUGCGUUACCUCGGCCGCGUCAGCUUCAUGUUCUACCUGAUCCACCUGCCGAUGCAGUACAUCGUCGGCGACCGCGUCGCCCUGAUGCUCGGCCACGUGCCGAAGGACGCCGAACCGACCUGGUGGGACAACCGGCUGUACGUGCCGGACCUCGGCCCGCCCGGCUUCAACACGCGCUUCCUGCUGAGCAUGGCCGUCAUGUUCCCGCUCGACCUGGUCGUUGCCGAUUUCCUGACCCGGUGGUUGGACAUGCCGUGCGUGCGGCUCGGCAAGCGCUUGACCCAGCGGCUCGGCAUCGAACAGCGCGUCGCGGUGGCGAACAGGAAGGCCGAGGGCGUUUAGACGAUGUCCCCUGCCCUCUUGGUUCGCUCCCCGUGCUUUAUUCUUUCAUUGUUUUCCUUACUCUUUCCUCUCGCGUGGAGCGAGUGCGCACAUAGACAAGAUGGGUGGCAUGUUUGAUCUUUUGGGAAUCUAGACGAUGGAAAGCCAGUGGGUGCAAUGAUGGGCUCUGGCCUUUGAGGACAUGGA